AUGAAGACACCUGUUGUGCCAUCAAAGAGUCUUUUGCGCUUUCUACGAUCACAAUCCAGCUUUGCCUGCAACACUCAUUGUUUGCGCCUUCGAUCCGUCGAUCCGAGCCAGAAAUCAUGUCGAGGGCUGGCAACAUCCCCCCCAUUGCUUUCAAGUCGAUCUUCCACCAACGAUGAGAUCUGGCAGCGACCUCGUGAACCUCUCAAGGCAUUGCCUGCUCCCAGAUCUCUUCCUCCCAAGGCGACUCAAACUCGAAAUGCCAGCACAGAGAGUCAUCCACCAGGCUUCUGGCGACGAUGGCUACGCCAUAGACAAGCCCUAGCUCGCUCAAAAAUCCCCCCCGAUCCUCGCACCGGCAAUUCCUCUUACGAAGAAGCCUCGGCUCAACUCUUCAAUCUCUCUAGGACUCUGUCGAGAAAUACCUCGGGCGCAGAUCUCAAACUGCGCUGCACCGAGUUUGAUGCCAAUGGCUCCGUCACUCUGGUCUCCGGGGAAUUUAAGAAGUCCGAGUUGAUAGCCAAAUACGGUCUGCAGCCUCGAGAUUUGAGGAAGAUCGACUCCUCAGUCCUCCCUCAUAUUCUCGUUCGACCAACUGCCCUCCUCAUCAAUCUCCUUCAUCUUCGAGUCCUCAUCCAAUCCGACCGGGUCCUAGUCUUCGAUGCUUAUGGCAGUACUGAUUCUUAUACCCAAUCGCUAUUCAUGUACGAUCUAGAGGGCAAGCUCCGACAGAAGGCAGACCCCAGGAAUGGAUCAACACAUCUUCCCUAUGAGCUGCGUGCCCUCGAAGCAGUACUCAUCUCGGUCACCUCGGGAUUGGAAGCUGAAUUCGCCCUGGUCCGAGAGCCCGUUGCCAACAUUCUUCAAGCCCUAGAAGAAGAUAUCGAUCGAGAUAAGUUGAGACAUCUGCUCAUUCACUCCAAGAAGUUGGGCACCUUUGAACAAAAGGCUCGAUUGGUUCGGGAUGCCAUUGAUGACUUGUUGGAAGCAGAUGACGAUCUGGCCACCAUGUAUCUCACCGAACGAAAACUCACUGGCACGGCGCGAGAGGAGGACAAUCAUCAAGAGGUGGAGAUGUUGCUAGAGUCAUAUCAUAAAAUCUGUGAUGAAAUCGUCGAAAUUUCCGGUCUCUUGAUCAGCAAUAUUCGCAAUACCGAAGAGGUAGUCAAGGCUAUUCUCGACGCAAAUCGUAAUCAGCUCAUGCUUCUCGAAAUCAAAUUCAGCAUUGGUACAUUGGGACUCGCUGGAGGCACUCUGGUCGCUGGACUUUAUGGUAUGAACCUGAAGAACUUCAUAGAAGAGUCGGAUCUGGCUUUUGGCGGGGUCAGUGUCAUUUGUUUUGCUCUGUCUGCCAUGAUCUGUGUCUAUGGCAUGCGCAAACUACGAAAGGUCCAAAAAGUGCGUAUGUGGGGCGAAGGCAUUGACAUCUUCGGUCGCCAACCCAGAGGUGGUGGAAGAGGCAACUGGAGGAAUGAGGCUGUUGAAAGCCAAGCACAGCGUCAAAGCAGAUUGAAUAGGACUGGGAUCAAUUAUGCAACUCAUCCAGCUCAAGCCGGGCCUGUACUCUGGCCAGGAAUGGAGGGUCUGGGAGUGCAUAAACUCGAUUCCACUGGAGACAAUGAUCGACGAAGUGGUGAACUAGACACCAAUAGUGACGCUGACGUGCAUGGGCAUGACGAUGUCAACGCAACGACUCACGAUGAGUUUAAAAGUGUCGAAUCAAGGAUGAGAGCGGACACGGUUCAAGAAAGAGGCGUGGCUGUGAAGAACCAUCAGCGACAGCCACAUCAUAAUCAUGGACAUCGCCAUGGCAAGAAAUGA